AUGGAUGACAAUCGUGGACUGUUCGAGUACACGUCUGGUCGAUGGAUCGCAGCUGCUCGCUCAUUGCAGCGAACUGAUGGAGAUAUUAAGAGCAUGUCAAAGCUGGCCGAAGGAGGUUUCAACCGUGUCCUACAGAUUACUAUGGUCGAUGAUAGCCAGAUUCUUGCCCGGCUACCGUAUUCCUCAACUAAACCGAAAAGCUUAGCGGUUGCUAGCGAGGUGGCGACCUUGGCUCUUCUCCGUGAUCAUGGUUUCCCUGUUCCUCGCGUGCACGCGUACUCAACAGAUGAGUCAAAUCCCGUUGGUUCGGAGUAUAUUAUCAUGGAAAAACUACCAGGAACGCCACUCGCUGGUUGCUGGUUUGAUUUGUCAGAAAAGCAACACCUCAAAGUGCUUCUGCAGCUUGUGCAGUUAGAGGCAAAGCUCCAUACCAUCGACCUCCCAGCGAGUGGAAGCAUUUACUAUGCCAAAGAUCUGCCAUCCGACUCGCCACGCAUUGUCAUUCCUGACUCAGAUUUCUGUAUUGGCCCCAGUGCAGCUCUCAAAUGGUGGUUUGCAGAGCGUUCCUCGCUUCUUAUUGAUCGCGGUCCUUGUAAAGACGCGAUCGAUGUUCUCCGCAGCCCUGCCUUGAAAGAGCUGUCCUGGUUGCGUGCGUAUGGCCGAUCUCGCUUUCCCUUUGAACGUGCGUACCGCGAAUCAAUGGAAUACCGAUUGUCCACCCCCAGUGAGCAUAUUGCUUCGCUCGAAGCGUACCUCGAAAUUACUUCUGAACUGCUUGCAUCGAAUGAAUUUUUGCGGCCACUCCUUCGCCACCCCGAUCUCCAGCCGAACAACAUCUUUGUCUCGGAUGAUCUUGAUAUUGUCGGCUUGAUUGACUGGCAACAUCCAUCUGUGUUACCGCUCUUUCUCGCCGCCGGGAUCCCCGAAUUCGUUCAGAACUAUGACGAUCCUGAAUCACUUGCUUUCCGCCCACCACCUUCUCCAGAUCUAAGCGGCAUGGACGACCAGGAAAGGGCCGACGCUCUUGUUGAUUUUCGGCGUCGCCAUACUCACUUCUUCUACUUGGCCUUUACCCAGCGUUUCAAUGAAGCCAAUUUCCGCGCCAUGGAUCAGCAUACGAACAUGCUAACUCGCCGCAUCUUUACCCAUGCUGGCGAGCCUUGGGAGGGGAAUAAUGUCCCUCUCCAGGCCGAUCUUGUGCUGAUCACCAAAAUGUGGCACGAAUACUCAACCCGCCCGUGUCCGAUAUCAUUCCCCGCGGCUCAAGCUGAUUCCAUUAUGGACUUUCAAAAUAUGCAGGAAGAAGUUGAUCUCCAACUAAAACGCAUCCGCAGUUUCAUUGGCAUAGGUGUAGACGGAUGGACCGCUCCGGGUGAAUAUGAAGUUGCCUGUUCCCGUGCUCGUCAGAUAAAAGCUGAUGGCCUGGCUUCUCUUGACACCGACCAUGAGCGCAAGAUGACAAGUCGUCACUGGCCAUUCGAUGACCAUGAUGAAGACGAAUAA